AUGACAGAAGAAGUCGACUAUGAAGGCCUCCAAAAUGCUAGUCUGGGAGUCAACAUGAUGGCGGGCGCGCUAGCUGGAAUCUCCGAGCAUGUGGUCAUGUAUCCUGUCGAUAGUAUCAAGACGAGGAUGCAAGUUGUCACAGGCCCAGGCAUGACCAACCUGAAUAACGGCGUGACGAGCGAGGUGUACAAAACUAUGUCCUCUACCUUCCGGUCGGUUGCCACGACUGAAGGAACAAAACGACUGUGGAAGGGCGUCAGCUCAGUUUUCAUGGGCGCUGGUCCAGCACAUGCGGUCUACUUCGGAACCUACGAAAUGACAAAAGAGGCCUUCGGCGGCAAUCAGCAAGGUCAACAGAUCCUUGCCACUGGAGCGGCUGGUUCGAUGGCUACAAUUGCCAGCGAUGCCCUAAUGAACCCUUUUGAUGUCAUCAAGCAAAGAAUGCAGAUCCAAGGCUCUCAGCACAAAACCGCUCUUUCCGCUGCCAGGGCAGUGUAUCGGGCCGAAGGGCUCAGGGCGUUCUAUAUCUCUUACCCCACAACAUUGACGAUGUCGAUACCAUUCACCGCGGUUCAAUUUUCAACAUACGAAGAGCUCAAGCGUCUGGCAAAUCCGGUCGAUGCCUACUCUCCAGUCACCCACGUCCUUUGUGGGGGGAUUUCUGGCGCGUUCGGGGCCGCCGUAACAACACCACUCGACGUCUGCAAGACCUUGCUACAAACUAAAGGAACUUCUACAAACCCGGAAAUUCGCAACUGUCGUGGAAUGUUGGAGGCUUGCAAGCUUAUCCACCGUAACAUGGGGCUGAUAGGUUUUACUCGGGGGAUCGUACCUCGUGUCUUGACAUUCAUGCCAAGCAAUGCCUUAUGUUGGCUCUCUUAUGAAUUCUUCAAAAUGUUCUUUUUAGGUGAAACCAAUUAA